AUGGACUCCACCGAAGCCGAGCUUGAGAGCUUCCGCCAGAAAUGGAGGGAGGAAGUCUCUGCGAGGGCGAAGGGCAAGCAACCAGCAGCGGUCGCUCCGGCGAAGACGACGCAGGCGCCAUCGAGUAGAGCUCAUGCGCCGAAAAGCAAUGCGCCUGAGGUGUCAUCCCACGCGCGUCAUCAUAGUGUUGAAGAGCUGGACGAGGUAGAACCUCACAGGUAUCGCGAUCUUGGGGAGAGGCAGCAUGGACGUAGACUGGAUGAAACCGGCCCUCCUCCUGCUUCUUCGAGCCGGGAGCCGCGGUCAGCGCUGGAGCACUAUGAAAGAGCCGUGGAGAAAGAAACUCAGGGGAGUUUGGGCGAUAGUUUGAGAUUGUACCGGAAAGCCUUCAAGCUCGACUCCACAGUCCACGAGACCUACAAAGCAAAGCACUUCCCACCCUCCUCCUUCAAGCCCCCAGCACCCCUACCCAAACCCACCGACCCCAAUCCCUCAAAUGCCGCCGUCACAGUGCCCAAUCCCGCCCACCACUCCCUCCACGGCCUCCCCCCAUCCCUCCAAUCCAUGCUCGACGACUUCUCCAGCCUCUCUAUCGAAGGACUCCCGCCGCCCACCGAGCUCUCCCCAGCGCCACCCUGCCCCAUCUCCACCAUCCCCGAGGAGCUCCUCGCCGAGAUCCUCAUCCACCUCGCCAUCAAAGACCUCGCCUCCUUCGUGCGCCUCGCCCAAGUAUGCAAGCGCCUCGCCUACCUCGUCGCCACCGAAGAGCGCGUCUGGAAGCGCAUCGCGCUCGGCUCCGAGUACGGCUUCGCCGCCAUGCACUACACGUGGGCCUGCCAGAUCGACGGCAAGCCGCUCGGCGACGACGGCCAGGGCGGCUACCUACUCGGCUCCGACGACCCUGAUCUCGACGACCCCAUUGACGAACACGAAAUCCCGCUACCUUCCCCAGCAGCCCUGACGCCCCUCCUCGUCCCCGCCGUCUACCCCACCUACCGCACGCUCUUCCAGCGCCGCCCGCGCAUCCGCUUCAACGGCUGCUACAUCUCGACCGUGAACUACACGCGCCCCGGCGCCUCCUCGCCGACAAGCGUGACCUGGAACUCGCCCAUCCACAUCGUGACCUACUACCGCUACCUGCGCUUCCUGCGGCCGGGGACCUGCAUCUCGCUGCUGACGACCGUUGAGCCCGCCGACGUCGUGCCGUACCUGCACCCGGAGCACGUGCACAAGAACCACGGCGCGUUGCCCUCGGCGCCGAUGAAAGAUGCGCUGCUGGGCCGGUGGCGCCUCACGGGGCCCGAGAUCCCAGGCCUGCCUCCCGGGCUGCAGCGUGAGGACGGCGCGGAGAAGGAAGGCGCGCUGGUUGUGGAGACGGCGGGCGUCACGCCGAAGUACAUGUACAAGAUGGUGCUGGGGCUGGGCAGUGCGGGGCGCGGCGGGCGGAAUAAUAAGCUGGUGUGGAAGGGGUAUUGGAGCUAUAACCGGUUGACGGAUGACUGGGCGGAGUUUGGGCUGAAGAAUGAUAGGCCGUUUUACUGGAGCCGGGUUAAGAGCUACGGGAUGGGGUUGGAGGGGAGCUAG